AUGAGCAGUCGUGGAGGGAUUCCAAUAAUUCCUGGCACGAUGCGGGUACAAGAUCUGAGAAUAAAUAAAUCGCAAAAUAGUAAGAUGAAUGAAUCGGGUCAGAACUCCCAAAUUGUGGAGGAUGAUGAGGUCCCGGCUCAACUUGUUGACGAUUCUCAACUAAAUAUCAGCAACAUAGAAGCUCCAAAUACUAAUGAUACUUCAGGUUUUGACCAGCGCCUCAAAUUAAGCCAAGGUACAAGAAGAACCGUCAGAUCAGCUUCUCAAAUCCUUAAUCAAUCACCACAGAUUGAAGAGAGUAUCACCCUUGCUGAUUCAAGAGAUCUUUCUGCAAUUAUGUCAUCAAAAGAAAUAUUUGACGAAUUAAACGCUAUCAGAAACCAAUUUACUGAUAUUGAUGAUUUCUACUCAUCAGAUAAUCAAAAACUUAGGAACCUGGUUAACGCAUUGGAGUCCCUUAAAAAUAAUCUCACUAACGAAUCUAUCAUUACCCAUGAAAUCAGCCAAAAUGAUGGCGAUACAUUAAUAAGCCGUAAUGUUAUUAAUACCAAUGCAUCAUUUGCUGCUGAACUCCUUAAUGAGAACGAAAAAUUAUAUCUCGAAAACCGUUCUCUUCUUCAGCUCAAAAAUGAGCUAAGAGCUAAAAAUCUUAAAAUUAUUCAAAUUGAGAAUGACUUUAGGAACCGUUUACGAAAGUACAAACAUAAAUUAGAUGAAUUAUCAAAUAAUGAGAUACUUGAUAAUAUUCUUCGCGAAAAAUUACAAACAAGAGACAUGGUACAAUCAGUUGCUCAAGAACAAUAUGCCAUUUUACACAAUUUCGAAGUAUCCAAAAGUCUAACUCGUCCCAACGGUAAUAAUUCAUCGAAUUUGCAUGAACUUGAUAAUAACCAGCUCCAAGGCGAACUAAUAAAGCUUCGUGAGCAGAUUUUAGAACUAUCGAAACAAAAAUCGGAAACUGAAAGCAAAUUAGAGUGGGUGGAGCAAAGCAACAAAUUACUUCAAUCUAAACCAUCCGAAAAUCAACAAAUUCUUGAUCAACUCAACACUUUACGACAAAAGGAGAUUGAUGAACAACAAAAACAUGUCGAAGAACUUACAAACCAAGAGAAAUUGGCUGAAUCAGAAUACCAAAAGCAGAUUGAUCAUCUUAAAAAGCUUCUUGAGUCGUCAAAUGCUGCUGAAACUGAAAAUCUCAGAAAAGAAAAUAACAACCUACGUGAUCAGCUUGCUGCUAUUGCAUCUAAUAAGAAUAUUCUGGAAAACGAAGAGAUUUUGACUUCCAAUUUUGAUUUAUCCGACAAAGUUGAUGAAUUGAAGUCAAUAAUCAGGAAUAAAGACAAGCAAAUUAUAGAAUUAGAAUCAGAAAUUGAUAACCAAAAGGCAACAAUCGAAGAUUUGAAGAUCGAUGUUGAUUUCAAAGAACGUACAAUUUCAGAUCUCGAAAAUAAGAUUAAUGUAUCGGCGAACCCUGACAAAGGCAUUGAAUUAUUAAAAGAAGAGAAAGAUAAGGCCAUUAGCAAGCUUCAAAAGCAGAUCGAACGACAAAAUACAAUUAUUCAGCAAAAUGAGGAGAAAAUUGAUCAGUUAUCCAAGGAUAUUGAAGCCAAGGACCAAAAGAUAGAUGAAAUGAUCCAGAAAUCUCUGACUGCUGAAGUUCCUAGUGGUGAUGGAGCCGCAUUAGAGCUGAAAUUACAGAAUUUGAACUCAUACAUUGCAAUUCAGAACGAAAAGAUGGGUCAAAAGGAUGCAAAGAUUGAGCAGCUCGAAGACGAGCGACAAAAGAAUGAUACAAAGAUUUCGGAAUUAACAAGUACUCUAACUCAGCUCAAGCUAACGAACAAUGAGAACACCCUUAAGAUUGCUGAAUUAGAAAAUACUAUUGCUAAGAGCAAUAUUCCUAAGAAAGAAGGAGAAUUGUAUUUAUCUGAAGUUCCUCAAGAGGUUUCCUUCUUAAAGAACAAAAAUAACAUGCUUAAUAACAUUAAUAAGAGCCAAGCAGAGAAGAUAAAGCACCUUGAACAAGAAAUUGUAAAGAAGAAUAAACAAAUUGGUUCAAUUGAUGAGAUGCAUAAGAAGAGCCGCGAGCUUCAAAGGCAGAUCCAAGAUUAUGAAAAUAAAUUGAACGCCCAGCAACUUGAAUCCGGCGGAGAAAAUUCUGCUGAAUUAUUAAGUCUCAAACAACAAUCUAAUUUGCUUAAUCAGCUUGUUGCUGAUCUUAAGAAGCAAAAUAUCGAACUUAAGAAGACUCUAGAAACGAAAGACAAGCAACUUUCUAGCAUGAUGUCUGAUUCUUUGCUAGUUAAAGAUAAUUUGAGCGAAAUAACCGCAGAAUUAGCCUCAAAGAACAAGAUCAUCCACGAUUAUGAGCUUAGACUUAAUGCUUUGAGCGGAUCUGGAAAUCAAUUCGAAAAUCUUCUUCAAGAAAAGCUUACUAAGAUAGCUACAAUGGAGAAGAGAAUUAAUACAAUGAAAUCAGACAUCGAAAAGCAGAAGAUUGAGAUUGCAACUCUUAAUCAAGAUGUUUCUGAUAAAAAUAAGACAAUUCAGCAGUUACAGAAUAAGUUAAAGAACAAAGAAAAUAGUGUUCAACGCUUAAAUGGUGAAAUUACUGACCUCAGAAGCAGAAUAUCUGAAUAUGAAAUCUUAAAUGAGAGACAAGCCAAAGAAAACGCAUUAUUGAACAACAAACUCAAGCAAAAGGAUGUUCAAAUCGAAAAUAUUAAAGAACAACCUAAAGAAGAGGAAGAAAAACCGAAACAAGUUGGAUUUGCGAAACCAUCUUUGCCACCAAAGGAAAGUGAUCAAAGAGAAUUCAUUAAAGGAUCAAGGAGUAGUGGUCAGCUUAAAUUCAGCCCUAUCGCUACACCUCCUGAAGAAAAUAAUAAUUCAUUGAGCCAACUCGAACAAUUCAAGAAAUUAAACACAACAAUCAAGGAACAGUCACAAAGAUUACUUGCAAAAGACAGAAAAAUUGAUUUGUUGAAACAAAGAUUAAAUGAUUCAAACAAUCAAUUGAAAGAAAUCAUGGAAACACCUGAGAACAAACGUAUUGCAGCCAAAGAGAAAGAACUAGAAGAUUUCCAGCAGCAAUUACGUUCUCAAAUCAUCAGUCAAUCGUCAUCUUUCAUUACUUAUGAAAAUGAAAGCGAUGCAAUGAAACAAAUCAAAGAAGAAAACUACAGAAGAGUUGUAGAAAACACCCACAAGGACAAUGAAAUCAUCAGAUUAACUAAGCUUCUUGCAACAGAUAAAACAUUGAAGGAAGACAAGAUUUUGCAAGAAAAAAUCAUGCAGUUAGAAGCGAAAGUUCAACAAAUGAAAGAUUUCAAUAAAGAAACAGCUGCUAAUUUAGAAUCUAAGAACUUAGAGAACUACAAUCUCCAAGACAAUAUCAAUUCUCUCAAGGAACAAAUACAGAAACAAAAUGAUGAACAGGCAAACCAUCAAAAAGAAUUAGAUGAAAGAGAUGAACAAAUUGCUGUUCUCCAGAAAGAAAUUGAAAAGUAUGAAAACAGAUAUUUGGAACAACAAGAAGUUAUCAGCCAAGAGAAAUUAAAUAACUCCAAUUUGAAGUUGAAACUUAAUGAAGCUGAAAAUGAAAUCGAAAAAUCCCAUAUUGUUAAACAGCCAGGAGAAUUGUAUCUAAGUGAAGUUCCUCAACAAAUCAGUUACUUCGAAAACAAAGUUAAAAUCAUGAACGGAAUGAUCACGCAAUCUAAUGCGAAAAUCAAAGAACUCGAGAGCCAGAUCGAGAAGAAGAACAAACAGAUUGAGUCGACCGAAGCUUUGCAGAAGAAAUCUCGUGAAUUGUACAGACAAAUCAGAGAUUACGAGCAAAGAUUGUCAAGCUUAGGUUUAACUGUUGAACAAAUCAGGGAAAUGGAAAUGACAAUCAAGAAUCAAGCAAAUAUCAUCAAAGCCAAAGAUGAUGAUCUUAAACAGACAAAGGAAAUCUUGGAAUACAGAGAAGAACAAAUCGAAAAGUUCAUUGCAGAAAGUGUAUCAAUAAGAGAUGCAAUUGAAACAUUGAAGCAAAGAAUCAGCGAAUUAGAAAUGCUGUUAGAGAAGAAAGAUAAAGAAAACAAUGAUAAGAUUGCUGAAAUUCAAGAAGAAAAUAGACAAACAUUGGAACAAUUAGCUAAACAAUUACAAGAAGCUGAAGAAGAUAUCAAUGUUUUAGAAGGAAAUUGCCAAGUUUAUGAACAAGAAAUUGCUGAAAAAGACAAACAAAUAGAACAAAUGACAAAUGAUAUUAAAUCUCUUGAAGAAGUAAUCAAUGAACAAAGCAACACAAUUGAUUCUCUCAAACAAGAUGUUGCUACUAAAGAAGAAGAAAUCAAGCAAUUGAAGCAAACAGUCAGUGAAAAUGAAGAAGUAAUUAAACAAUUGCAAACUGAUAUUGAACAAAAAGAUGCAGAAAUACAAAAGAAUAAAGAAGAAAUUGAACAACACAAACAAACAAUUUCACAAAGAGAUGAAACAAUUAAACAAUUGCAAUCAGAAAUUGAGCAGCACAAACAAACAAUUGCUGAUAAGAAUAAUGAAAUCGAACAGUUGAAGAAUACAAUUAGUGAAAGAGAAGAAACAAUUAAACAGCUGCAAAAUGAAAUUGAACAACACAAACAAACCAUGGCCGAAAGAGAUGCAGAGAUUCAGAAGAAUAAAGAAGAAAUAGAACAACAAAAGCAAACAAUUUCUAAUAAUAACAACGAAAUCGAACAACUCAAGAAGACAAUUUCUGAGCGAGAUGCUGAAAUUGAACAAUUGAAGAAGACAAUUGCUGAAAGAGAUGAAUCAAUUAAACAAUUACAAAAUGAAAUUGAACAACACAAACAAACAAUUUCACAAAGAGAUGCAGAAAUCGAACAAUUGAAGCAAACAGUUCAACAAAGAGAUCAAACAAUAGCUGAGAAAGAAGAUUUGAUCAAACAACUUCAAUCUGAAAUUGAACAACACAAACAAACAAUUUCAGAUAAGAACAAUGAAAUUGAACAAUUAAAGCAGACAGUUAAUGCAAGAGACGAAGCGAUCAAACAAUUGCAAUCUGAAAUUGAACAACACAAGCAGACAAUUGCUGAAAGAGAUGCAGAAAUACAGAAGAAUAAAGAAGAAAUUGAACAACAAAAACAAACAAUUUCUCAAAGAGAUGAAACAAUUAAACAAUUACAAAAUGAAAUUGAACAACACAAACAAACAAUUUCACAAAGAGAUGCAGAAAUCGAACAAUUGAAGCAAACAGUUCAACAAAGCGAUCAAACAAUAGCUGAGAAAGAAGAUUUGAUCAAACAAUUGCAAUCUGAAAUUGAACAACACAAGCAGACAAUUGCUGAAAGAGAUGCAGAAAUACAGAAGAAUAAAGAAGAAAUUGAACAACAAAAACAAACAAUUUCUCAAAGAGAUGAAUCAAUUAAACAAAUGCAAUCUGAGAUCGAACAAAACAAGCAAACAAUUGCCGAUAGAGAGAAAGAAAUCGAACAACAUAAACAAACAAUUGCAGAAAGAGAUAAUUCUAUUAAACAACUUCAAGAAGAAAUCGAACAACAUAAGCAAACAAUUGCUGAGCGAGAUGCUGAGAUUCAGAAGAACAAAGAAGAAAUACAGCAAAAGAAUGAAGCAAUUAAUGCAUUGACAAAUGAAGGAGAAGAAAAGAGAUUAAAGAUUCUUGAAUUAGAAGCGAACAACGAAAACUUGAUAAAUAAAGUUAAAGAAUUAAAUGACAGCGUAAGUGACUUGAAUUUGUCCACAGAGAAUCAAAACUCUGUUGUCAAACAAAUGACUGACGAAAUCAAGGAUUUGAACAAACAAAUUCACGAAUUAGAAGUGAAAUCUGAAAAUCAACAGAAGCAAAUCGAAGAAAAGGAUAAAGAAAUUCAAUCAUUAACUAACACAAAGGCUCAAAAUGAAGAAUUAAUUAAGAAAUUACAGGAAGAAGUUGAAAACUUGACAAAUACAAAGAACCAAAAUGAGGAAACAAUCAAGAACUUGCAAGAACAAGUUCAGUCUUUGACAGAAACAAAGAAUCAAAAUGAAGAUUUGAUCAAGAAACAACAAGAACAAAUCCAAUCUUUGACAAAUACAAAGAAUGAAAAUGAGGAAACAAUUAAGAACUUGCAAGAACAAGUUCAGUCUUUGACAGAAACAAAGGCUACAAAUGAAGAAACAAUUAAGAAACUCCAAGGAGAAGUUCAAUCUUUGACAGAAACAAAGGCUACAAAUGAAGAGCAAAUCAAGAAGCAACAAGAAGAGAUUCAAUCUUUGUCAAACACAAAGAAUGAAAAUGAAGAAUUAAUCAAGAAAUUACAAGAAGAAAUCCAAAACUUGACUAAUACUAAGACACAAAACGAAGAACAAAUCAAGAAGUUGCAGGAAGAGAUACAAAAUCUUCAGAAGCAAAAUGCAGAGAAAGAUGAUAAAAUCAACGAAUUCAAUGCUAAAUUAUCAACUCUUUCUUCCUCAAGUGAUGAACUGACAACCAAAUUCAUCAAUGCUCAAAAUGAAAUCAAUCAACUCACCAAACAGAACAAUGAAAAGGAUAAUCUCAUUAGUCAACUCAAUCAAAAGAUUUCUGAUUUAGAAAAUGCUAAAUCUCAACUCGAAAACGAGAAAUCUCAGCUUAUUCAAGAAAAGACAAAUCUUGAGCAAGAAAAGGCCCAAUUAUUGGAGCAAAAGAAGAAUCUCGAAGAAGAAAAACAGAAAUUAGAAACUGAAAAGACAAAUCUCGAACAAGAAAAAGCCAAACUCAUUGAAGAAAAGACAAAUCUUGAACAAGAAAAGGCCAAACUCAUUGAAGAAAAGACAAAUCUUGAACAAGAAAAAGCCAAACUCAUUGAAGAAAAGACAAAUCUUGAACAAGAAAAGGCCAAACUCAUUGAAGAAAAGACAAAUCUCGAACAAGAAAAAGCCAAACUCAUUGAAGAAAAGACAAAUCUUGAACAAGAAAAAGCCAAACCCAUUGAAGAAAAGACAAAUCUUGAACAAGAAAAGGCCAAACUCAUUGAAGAAAAGACAAAUCUUGAACAAGAAAAGGCCAAACUCAUUGAAGAAAAGACAAAUCUCGAACAAGAAAAAGCCAAACUCAUUGAAGAAAAGACAAAUCUUGAACAAGAAAAGGCCAAACUCAUUGAAGAAAAGACAAAUCUCGAACAAGAAAAGGCCAAACUCAUUGAAGAAAAGACAAAUCUCGAACAAGAAAAAGCCAAACUCAUUGAAGAAAAGACAAAUCUUGAACAAGAAAAGGCCAAACUCAUUGAAGAAAAGACAAAUCUUGAACAAGAAAAGGCCAAACUCAUUGAAGAAAAGACAAAUCUCGAACAAGAGAAGUCUCAGUUACUCGACCAAAAGAAGAACUUGGAAGAAGAAAAGCAGAGAUUAGAAACUGAAAAGGCCAAACUUAUUGAAGAUAAGACUAAUCUCGAGCAAGAAAAGGCUCAGUUGUUAGAACAGAAGAAGAAUUUGGAAGAAGAAAAGGCCAAACUCGAAGAAGAGAAAGCUCAAGCACAAAAGACAAUUGAAGAGAAAGACCAAGAAAUUGAAGAUUUGACAUCUCAAAUCAAUGUAAAGACAAAAGAUUUAUCACUUCUUGAAUCAGAUUUCAAUAACAUGAGUUUUACAAAUGCUGACCAAUCAACAAUGAUUUCCAACUAUGAGAAAGAACUUUCUGAUAAGAACAAAGAAAUCAAUGAUCUCCAGAAUCAGUUGAAACAAAUGACACAAAAUAGAGAUGAAUUACAGUCUAAGUCUGAUAAACUCAAUGAAGAAAUUGAGGAAAAGAAGAAUAUUCAGAACUUAGAAUCAUCUCUAGAGCAAAAGAACAAAGAAAACGAAGAUCUCAAGCAACAACUUAACAAGACACAAGGAGAACUAUCAGCUCAGUUGCAACAAAAGACACAAGAACUUGAGAAUCUCACAAAAGAGUUCAAUGAUCUCAAACAGAAAUCAGAGCAAACGAUUGCUCAAAACAAUGAAGAAAUUGCAAACUUGAAGAAGAAUGUUGCAGAACGAGACAAAAAGAUUUCUCAAUUAUUAGAAAACGAAGUCAAUGAAUUAAAGAAGAAAUUGUCUGAUAAAGAAAAUGAGAAUACAUCAUUAAAGAAUACAAUAUCAGAAAGAGAAAAUGAAAUCAAUAAUCUCAAGAAGAACGUUUCAGAUAAAGAGAACGAAAUCAAUCAACUUAAGAACAACUUGACAAUGAGAGAAACCGAGUUGAAUAAGAUGAAGGACGAGGAAGUUAAAAAUGCUAAACAAAUCAUUGCUCAAAAGGAUAAAGACUUAGAGGAAUUGAAUGGCAAAUUUAAUGAUACAAAUAACAAUUUAUCUAAAGCAAAUGAUGAAUUGAAACAACUUAAAGAACAAAUCGAGUCUCUGAACAAGCAAAUCGAACAAAUGAAAUGCAGCAAUAACCUUAAAGAAAGUGAAAUUAAACAACUCACUUCGAACCUACAAAAGUACAAACAAGCUUUGAAAGAACUCAAUGAUCAGAACAAACAAAAAGACAGUCAAAUCAAUCAACUCAACAAUGAAAUGAAAGAGUUGCAGCAAACUUUGAAGCAAACACAAGAACAACUCAAAGAAACGCAAGAUCAGCUUAAACAAACACAAGAAACACUGGCUACAAAAGAAAAAGAAUUUGCUAAGUCAGCGGAAGAUCUCAACAAUGAGUUGAAGAAGAAACAACAAGCAAUCGAUGACCUUCAAAACAAUCUCAAGCAAAAAGACGCUGAAUUAACUGAUACUAAGCAGAAAUUAGAAGCCAAAACUAAUGAAUUCAAUGACUUGAAACAAAAGGCUGAAAAUGAAAUCGCUUCACUUCGCAAAGAAAUAGAACAACUCAAAGCUAAAUUAGCCAACACAAGUAAAGAAUUAGAAGCAUCUAAAUCAGAAUCAGAUCUUCAAAAGAAAGAAAAUGACAAAUUGAAGGUUAAUUUGGCUAAAAUAGCAGAAAUGUAUAAGACUUUGAAGUCAGAAUCAGAAAAUAAUUCAGCUAAAUCAAAUGAUAAGAUCAAACAAAUGCAAGAAAAGAUACAAAAUCUCGAAAUUCAAGUCGAAAAGAUGAAAUUAGCGAAUGAAAAUCUCACAAACGAGAACAAAUUGCAGAAAGAAACAAUUGAAAUGUUGAACAAGAAACUUCUUGAAUCUAAUAAGUCAUUGACAGCAUCUAUUAAGGAAUACGAAACUCUCAAACGUGAAAACAAUUUACAGAAAGAUCAAAUUACUAAAUUAACUUCACAAGUUCAAAAAUUAACACAAGAUUUCACUCAAUUGAAGAAAGAAAAGGCAGAAGUUGACAGUAAACUUAAUGAAUUGUUAGAUUUACUUGCACAGAAGGAUAAAGAGAUCGAAAGACUCAAAUCAGAGAACCAGAAGUUGAAUGAAUUAUAUCAACAAAUCACUAAAGAUUUAGAAGAAAAAGAAUUUUUGAUCCAAUCACAGAACAACCGAUGCAUUGAUUUGCUUAACCUCACAGAAAAGAAGAACAAAGAGAUUGAAACUCUACAGAUCUCUAAUGAUUCAUUGAAUAACUCUUUGACUAAAUCUCAAAUGGAAUUGAGAGAAAAAUCAACAUUACUUGAAAAUGCAAAAGACAAAAUUACUGAAUCGAACAGAAAAUUGGCAUUAUUUGAUAGAUUGAGUGCAAACAGCUCCGAAUUGAACUUAACAAGUUCAGGAAGAGGCAUCAAGAAGUCAAGUUCGAUGAAUUUGUCAACAGAUAUGGAUAGCAAGAAUAAGAUCAUCAACCAACAAGAACAAACAAUUAUUGGCUUGGAACAAUCUCUUAAAGUUUCGAAGAAUGAAGUUGAUGCAACAAAGAGAGAACUCCAGAAACAAUUGCAAAAUAAUAAAGAACUUCAGAACCAGAUCAAAAUGACUAAAGAACAGUUUGCCAAGUUAGAAGCCAAAUUGCAAAGUGUUGUUAAGAAACUGAAUGACAAAGAUCAAAGAAUUGAUUCAUUAAUGUCUUCAGAUCCAAACAACAAACAAACAAAUCAGUUGAACAAACAAAUUUCUGACCUGAAUCUUGAAAAUGAGAAACUCAAGACAAGAGUUGACAUUAUAACAAGAGAAAAUCAGAGUUUGAAGGAUGAUUUGGAAAGCCAGAAAUCACAGAAAUCUAAAUUAGAUGAAUCAUGCAAUGCUUUGAAGACAGAAUUGAUUAACAAGAAGAGCAUAAUGGAUCAAUACAAGGAGAAGCUGAAAGAAUUGAUGGAACAAAUCAAUCUAAAGAACAAACAGAUUUCAGAACUCAAAGCUGAAUUCAAUGGCUCUGAUGACGAAGAUAGGAAAUCUUAUGUCAAAGUAAUAGAACAAGAAGGAGAAAUAACAGAACUCAAAGUCAUCAUUGACAGACAAAAGAAGUUUGUCGGACAGCAGAAAAUGAAAAUUGCUGAUUUAGAAAAGAACUUGAAAGAAUCAAAUGAUGAAGCACAGAAGAUGACAAAGAAUUUGCAGACAACAAUUUAUGAAUUAGAAGACAGAUGCCAGAACUUGAAUCAAACAAUUGAGAUGAAGAACUUCCGAUUGAGAGAAAACGAGAAAACAAUUGAAGAUUUGAACAAAGAGAUUGAAUUCUUGAAAGGAAAAAUCGAUAUUUUAAGCAGAGAAAUCUCGAUGUAUAGUGACAAUUCAUCUAAGGAUAACUUGAUUUCUAAGAUUGUCUCAUUACAAAAGACAGUUUCAGAGAAAGAUGAACAAUUGAAUGAUGCAAAGAUUAAUUCAAACAAUUCUCUUGAAAUUGAAGACAAGAUGCAACAAGAGAUCGAUCAGAAGAACAGCAGAAUACAUCAUCUCGAGAACCAAAUGAGAGUUCUUUUGAAUAAGGCUUCUCAUGAAAAUGCAAAGGAAGAAAGUAAAGUAAAGAUUGACCUAAAGAAAGCUAAUGUUAAAUUGUCAAACUUGGAGAAUGAUUUCAGUAGUUUACAAGAAGAAAAUGCCGCCCUCAAGAGCAAGGUUUCUAAACUAGAAUUGGUUAUUAAAGAGAAACAAAGCGAAAUAAAUAUAAUGGCCCAGAAGAACAAUAACGAUAUUAAUGAGAUUUCUGAAUUGAAGUCAAAACUCAGGAAACAAAAUGAAGAUUUCACACAAGAGAAAUCGAGUGCAGAAAAACAAAGAUCAGAGAUUGAUCAAUUAACAAAUGAUUUGAAGGCCAAGAACAAUGAGUUAGAUGACUCAAAGAGCGAAAUAAGAAUCCUCAAAUCCAAGAUCAAUCAGUUACAGCAAGAUUUCGAUGCUAAAAACCAUAGCUUACAAAAAGAAAGCGAAAAACUUAGCCAAUUAGAAGAAAAGAUGAAAGAGAAAGAGCUUGAGUUAUUGAACAAAUCAUUAGAUAACGACAAGGCAGCUAAAGAAAUCAUUGAAAAACUUCAAAACGAAAACCUCGAACAAAGCAAACAACUGAAGAAGAAAGAGAAAGACAUUGAGCAAAUGAAGCAAAUUCUCAAUGAUUUGAACAACGAACAAGGAGAACUUAAAGGAAAGAUUAUGACUCUUCAAAAUGACAAUGAACAAAUAACAAAGACAUCACAAGAAAAGUUCAAAUUAAACGAAAAGAAAUCAGAAGAAUUGGUUUCAAUGAUCAAUAAGUUGAACGAUGAAAUUGCGGAGAAGAACAAAACAAUUAAUGGAACUUUGUUACAGAAAGAAAAGGAAAUCACAAAGUUAAAGAAUGAUUUGGAACAAUCUCAAAUUACAAAUGAAAGAAUUACAAAUUUGGAAUCAGAAAUGAUGAAGAUGAAGCAAUUAAAUGAUGAUUUAAUGAAUGACAUCAAUAGAUACAAUGAGGAACUCAUAGAAAAAGAAAAUGAGUUGCAAGAAUUAAGAGAAAAAUUGAUACAAAGCGGAAAUAAUUUGCAAAAAGUAACUCCAGAACAAAGUUACUUCGAUUUACAGAUGAAGAUAACCGAACUUGAAGAUAUCAUUAAAGACAAGAAUAGUCAAUUAGAGAACAAGACUAACGAGAUUACCAAUUUGUAUUCCAAGUUGUACAAUACAUCUCCUCCUUCUAAUUCUAAGAAGCCAAGAAAUACAAAACUUGAAGUUGAAAAAAUGAGAAUUAAAAUGGCAGAAUUAGAGAACAAGAACAAAGAUUUAAUUGAUCAGAACACAAGAAUGAAUAGUGAUUUGCAGGCACAAAUCAACCAGAACAAUAAGUUGAAACGUCACAUGAAAGAUAAUGAAAACAAUUUCAAUUCCCAAAUUAAUCAAUUGAAUUUGAAGCUUCAAAAAGUUGUUAGUGAUUAUGAAGCGAGAUUAUUGAUUUUAGACAACUCAAAGAACCAAACACAGAGAGUAAACGAACUCAGAGAAAGAAUCAAACAAAAGAAUGAAGAAAUUCUUAGCAAAGAAAAGCAAAUCAAUGAAAAUAAAUUGGAAAAUGACAAACUCAAGAACGAAAUUGAAUUAUCAAAGAAACAAAAUGAAGAUUUAUCAAAUUAUUUAUCCCAAAAAGAAGCAAAGAUCAAAGAAUUGGAAAGAAGAAUCCAAUCCUUAGAUGAACAAAAUGCAAAAAUUGAGGAUGAAUUGAACAAAUCAAUCAAUAAGAACGAAGAAAUUAAUAAAUCAAGUAUUAUUGAACGUACUGAUUUAUCCGAGCAACUAAACAAUGCUUUGAAAGAAAAUUCAAGAUUGAAAGUUCAAAUUGAUGAAACAGUUUCUAAAAUCAAAGAAUUAUGUGAUAAAGACAGUGAUAUCGCUAGAGUUAAAUUAGUUUCUGAUCAAUUAAUUGACUUAAGCGAGUACUGCAAGCUUCUUAAAGAUCAGAAUGAAGAACUUAAGAAUAUGAUAUCUCAGAAAUAA